UUCCUACGCGUCAAAGUUGAGUGGGGGUAACACUUGCAAAGGACCUUGCACACGAUUUUGAAGACACACUCCACUUUGCCUCCCCAUAACAAAAAUUCCUCUUCGCUGGAGAGAGAGAGAGUCUCUCAAAUUUCGGCAAGCUUUGGCUUUUACGAGUGUUCGAUUUCCAAUUUCUCUUCGCUUAGAAGACGAUCCUUUCAUUCUCCAAGUUCCGAUAGAUUCGAUUGGACUCUUUUGAAAUUCAUGCUGUGGUUCAGUAUUUGUUAAUUCUGUUAAACUUGUUUUAUUAUACUGCUACUAUGGAGCACCUUCCUGUUGAAGUGAUUGGUAACAUAUUAUCUCUUCUCGGUUCUGCCCGAGAUGUUGUGGUUGCUUCUGUAACUUGUAAAAAAUGGAGGGAAGCAUGGCGCAAUCACCUCCACAGUCUUUCAUUCAACUACUGUGAUUGGCCCCUCUUUCAUGACUUUACCUCUGCUAGGUUGGAAAUACUCAUCACUCAGACAAUCUUCCAAACCAAGGCACUGCAAUCCCUGACCAUAUUCUUGGAUGACGAGCACAAGUUCUCGGCUGCCCCGGUCAUUGCUUGGCUUAUGUAUACUAGGGAUUCGUUGCGCCAAUUGCUUUACAAUGUGAGGACAACCCCUUGUUUCAACAUCAUUGAGAAAUGCAGCAGGCAGAGGUUGGAGGUGUUGGCCUUGGCUCGCAAUCCGAUCACCGGUGUUGACCCAAGCUACUUGAAGUUUCCUUGCUUGAAGUCGCUUUCGUUGAGUUUUAUUAGCAUCUCGGCGUUGGAUUUGACCCUUCUUCUCUCUGCGUGUCCGAAGCUUGAAACCUUGGCUAUGGUUGGUGUGGAGAUUGCAAUGUCAGAUUCGCAGGCUUCCGUGGAGCUUAGCAGCGUUUCUUUGAAGUUUUUUGACCUUGAAUUGUUUAGUUCGGAUAAGUUUAUAUUGGAGGCGGAUUUACUUGAGAAGCUUCAUUUGAAAGAUUGUAGCUUUGAGGCUUUUGAGCUGAUUGGAAAGGGGACAUUGAAGGUUUUGAAAAUUGAUGAUGUGAAUAUUAUCCAUCUUGAUAUUGGGGAUAGUACAGAAAACCUUGAGAUUAUAGAUGUCUGUAACUUCACAGUCAUGUGGCCAAAAUUUUAUCAUAUGAUCUCAAAAGCAUCAAAGUUAUAUAAGCUUCGGCUGUGGGGUGUUGUUUUUGAUGAUGAGGACGAGGUUGUUGAUAUAGAGACAAUUUCUGUUUGCUUUCCUCAGUUGACACAUUUGUCCUUAAGUUAUGAUUUAAGAGAUGGAGUUCUUCAUUAUGGUUUGCAGGGUUUGUCUUGUUUGAUGAAUGUGGUGGUGCUGGAACUUGGAUGGACUGUAAUUAGUGAUCUCUUCUCAGUAUGGGUAGCUGGACUUUUGGAAGGUUGUCCCAAUUUGAAAAAAUUGGUCAUUUAUGGUUUUGUUUCAGAGGUCAAAACACAUGAAGAGUGUCAAAUUCUUGCCAGAUUCUCAGAAUUCAUUCUUCAACUUGGAAGAAAAUAUGGGCAUGUAAAGUUUGAGUUUGAAUAUGAGUAGUGGGUUCUGUCGUGCUCAUCUAAUCCUUGCCAAAGUGAAAGAAGAUACUUGCAUGCCCCAUGAGUUUCUUUUGUCCAUUUCUUCUGUCGUGAAUCACAAGAAUUCUUCAAAUGUAAAGUUAUAGAUUCUUUGUGUAUAAGAGUGAAUUUCAGUUUCUAUCACAAUCCCUUUCUUCUAUAAUUUGUUACUUUUUUUCUUUUCCGUGGAAGGAGAACCUAAGAUGUGGUUACUUUUACGCCCUUGAAAAUUACAGCAUUGCAAAUGUUUACUGUUCCUUGUGAAUCAUUCUAAGAUAAUCUGAAUCGUACCCCACGAUCUUCUUUCCUAAA